AUGGUCACUCCUGAACAAAAUAUGACUCUCCAAGCAAUGCCUACUAGUGAAGAAUUGCAGCAGGUUGUCUUUUCUAUGAAUCCCAAUUCAGCUCCUGGUCCGGAUGGGUUUUGUGUGAAGUUUUUUCAGAGUUGCUGGGGUAUCAUCAAAGAAGAUAUUUUGAAUGCUGUCCAUGCCUUCUUCUGUGGUUCCUUCAUGCCCAAGUUCAUUUCACAUGCAAGUUUGGUUCUACUCCGAAAAGUAGAUCAUCCUAAUAAUUUUUCAGAAUUCAGACCCAUAAGUUUGAGCAACCUUACCAACAAAAUCAUUGAGGAGUUUAAUAAUGUGGUUAAAGCCUACUGGGAUAGGGAAGUGGAAGGUAAUCCUAUGUGGAGAUUACAACAGAAAAUGAAGAGGUUGACUGCUACUCCUAGUAAUUGGUCCAGAACAACUUAUGGAGACAUUUUCAGCAUUGUUCGAGAUCAUGAGGAGAGAGUUAGAGUGGCUGAGGAAGCACUGAUUGUUAAUAAUUCUACUGAAAAUAGAGCAAACUUACACAUGAUUAAUGCCAGGUACAUCAAAUACUUGAAGUUGGAAGAUUCUAUCCUCAAACAGAAGACUCAAUUGCAGUGGUUUAAAGAUGGUGACACCAACUCCAAGUACUUUUUUGCCAUUAUGAGAGGUCGAAGAAGGAUACUUUUUAUCCACAAGGUCUGUAUAGGAAAUGAAGAAUGGGUGGAGGGGUAUGAGAACAUAGCCAAGGCAGCCUGUGAUCACUUUAAGAACAUAUUUACUGGAACUGAACAGCCCAUCAAUGAGGAUAUAUUACAACAUAUCCCAAGAAUGGUCACUCCUGAGCAAAAUAUGACUCUCCAAGCAAUGCCUACUAGUGAAGAAUUGCAGCAGGUUGUCUUUUCUAUGAAUCCCAAUUCAGCUCCUGGUCCGGAUGGGUUUUGUGUGAAGUUUUUUCAGAGUUGCUGGGGUAUCAUCAAAGAAGAUAUUUUGAAUGCUGUCCAUGCCUUCUUCUGUGGUUCCUUCAUGCCCAAAGGAAGGAGUAUUUCAGAGAGUGUCAUGCUGGCACAGGAGAUUAUACAUGGCAUCAAAAAACCUAAGGAAGGGGAUAAUGUGGUGAUUAAGUUGGACAUGGCAAAGGCAUAUGAAAGACUGUCAUGGGCCUUUACUAGUCUGGUUUUAAGACACAUGGGAUUUGGAGAAAUUUUCAUUGACAUAGUGUGGAGGAUUAUGAGGAAUAAUUGGUACUCUAAUAUAGUCAAUGGGACAAGCCAUGGUUUUUUCCAUUCUACAAGAGGUCUCAAGCAGGGGGAUCCUCUCUCCCCAUCCCUAUUUAUUUUAGGGGCUGAGGCAUUGUCUAGAAUGCCUAAUAACCUAUAUGACAAUCAACACUUCCAUGGGUUCCAAAUGGACUUCAGAAGGCCUCAGAUCAAUCACUUAAGCUUCGCUCAUGAUGUUAUCAUUUUUACUUCAGGAAGAGAAGAGUCUCUGAAGCUCAUUAUGGAAACACUGUCAACCUAUGAAGAUACCUCAGACCAACUCAUCAACAAAGGAAAAAGUCACUUCAUGGUUCCUAAAGAUACACCUUCUCACAUUAUUGAUAUGAUUCAGGAAAUCACUGGCUUCAAUCAAAGUGAAAGUCCUAUAAAUUACCUUGGCUGCCCCCUUUACAUAGGAACAAAGGAUUAUUUAUUAUUCAGAUUUGGUGGCAAAGGUUGUCAAAUAGAUCAGUGGCUGGCACUCUCGAAUCCUAAGUUUUGGUGGGAAAUGUACAUUGGUUAA